AGUGGUGUUUGGGCUGCUGUGCUUUUGUGUUGGUGUUUGGUGCUGGUUGCGUUCACGCGUGGGGGCACGUUGCGACGCGGCGUUCGUGGUGUUGGGGCAGCCUCCCGCGGUCGCGCGGCGAUUGAUUUCUUGCAGCGCUUCACACAGCAGCAGCUCCAGAGUGGGAGAACUUGUCCGGCCCCGGCCGGCCCCGGCUCCGCAUUCGAGCUGAUUGGAGUCCUUUCGAAGCGUGAUUGUCGUUUUGUAAGGAUCUUCUGUUUUUUGCGUGCGCACUUAAAUCGGGUUUGAGAAGUUUGCGGCCCGCGCCAAAGCCUCAAAACACGCGACAUACAUAGCCACAGUUGCGCGAAAGCUGUCCACAGGUUCGCAUCACUGCUUCUGCAAACCUGCCAAGCCAAAUUUCGCUGUCGCUGCGCGCGUGGAGAGAUUACUGCACAGCACUCAGCCAAAAAAAGAAGCAGCCAUGCCAGUCACGAGCUCGCGCCUCCCCGGCUUCUUCAAGAAGUCCGUAGAGGAGCGCCGGACCACGGUCUGCGACCUCGCCGGCUUGAACGACGAAGAAAGGGAGGCGGUCGCGGCCGCCGGCGAACUGAGCGAUGAGGCCGCGGACCGCAUCAUCGAGAACGUCAUCGGGACCUACUCCCUACCGUUAGGAGUAGCUACCAAUUUCAUCAUCGACGGCAAGCACUACGUCGUGCCGAUGGCGCUGGAGGAGCCGUCGGUCGUCGCCGCCGCGUCGAACAUGGCCAAGCGCUGCCACGCGCGGGGCGGCUUCACGUCGGACUGCACGCCGCCGGUCAUGAUCGGCCAGAUCCAAGUGUGUCGGUUGAAGAUCGAUGCACAAGUAGCGAGAAACGCCAUUCUAGCGAACAAAACGAAGCUGAUCGAAAUGGCCAACAGUGUCGACCCUAUAUUAGUGAAGUUUGGAGGUGGGUGUCGGGACGUGGAGGCGCGCGUGCUGGAAACGGACGCCGGCACCAUGCUCAUUGUCCAUUUACUGGUCGACUGCCGCGACGCGAUGGGCGCGAACGCCGUCAAUACGAUGUGCGAGACGAUCGGACCCGAAGUUGGGGAGCUCUGCAAAGGUGUUGUGGUGCUGAAGAUCAUUUCCAACUUGGCCGUGCAUCGCUUGGCGCGGGUCAACGGUGUUUUUACCGCCAAAGAGUUGUCAACGUCCGGUGAUGAGGAAGAGGGCCGGUCCAUAAUAAAUGGGAUCCUGGAUGCGUACGCCUUCGCCAAGGCGGACCCGUUCCGCGCGGCGACGAACAACAAAGGCGUCAUGAACGCCAUCUCGCCGAUCGCCGUCGCGACGGGCCAGGACUGGCGCGCCGUCGAAGCCGGCUGCCACUCGUACGCGUCUUAUAAGCACGGGCGCGUCGCGCCGUUCGUGGCGUGGUCGCGGAAUGGUGACGGCGACUUGGUUGGGUAUAUUGAGAUGCCGGCACCCGUCGGUUUGAUCGGUGGGGCAGCUAGAGUACAUCCGUGCGCGCGCGCGUGCGUCAAGCUUCUGGGCGUGAAAACGGCCACGGAGCUAGGUACGGUGUUGGCCGCGGCGGGCAUCGCCCAGAACCUCGGUGCCUUACGAGCGCUGGCGACGGUGGGCAUCCAACAGGGGCACAUGAAACUCCACGCGAAGAACCUCGCGGUCCAGGCCGGGGCCGCGUCGGCGGAGGUGGACGCGGUCGUGGCCCGUGCGACGGCAAGCGGUCGGGUGACGGCCGCGUCGAUCAAGGCCGCGUUGGAUGCCGAGCGGAGCGGGUUGCCCGUCCCGCCCCAGUAGCUCAUUAAGACACACUAUUACUAUC